CCUGAACGGCGGGCAUUUAACUCCAAGUCGGAUGUAAAGGAGUUUCCCCCCCAGUCGCUACUUGGAAAUCCAUUCACCACUUCCGCCGUUUAACACAGCCCGGCAGCAUCAAGGAAUCAGGAGCCGGAAGCAAAGCAGUGCUGAUGUUUGAGAAUGCCACAGCCUACGGUGAGAUUAAUCGUGACUGGUGAUGACUUUGGUUACUGUCGGAGGCGGAAUCGCGGUAUCAUGGAAUGUUUCAAAGCAAAAGCGAUUUCCAAUGCAUCCUUGCUGGUGAAUGGGAGUGCAGCUAAAGAGGCUGCUGCAAUGGCUACCAGAAACAGGCUUCCCCUUGGCCUUCAUGCAAAUCUGUCUGAGGGUUUCCCUGUCUGUCAACAACUCCGAAUGGGCUCUUCCCUGGUCAAUAAGGAUGGCUUUUUCCAUGGCAAAAUGGGAAUUCGGGAAGUGCUGAAAAGUGGCCACAUCAACCUAUCUGAGGUAGAUAAGGAGCUCAGAGGUCAGGUGGAUCUAUUCUGUGAACUGACAGGCCAUUUACCUCUUCAUAUGGAUGGACAUCAGCAUGUUCAUGUUUUACCAGGUAUCCGCGAUGUAUUUGCCCAAGUGCUUUCCGAUUAUGGCAUCAUUUACACUCGUGUUCCUGUGGAGCCAGGCCUGCAUCGCUGUGAUCAGAUAGCACAACAUCUCAUGGACUUCUACCUACAGGUUGAAAAGGACGCAUUCAAUUCAGUGGAUGUUUUCCAACGACAUGGAAUUAGGUGGCCCGAUAUCUACAUUGGCCUAACAACAAUGGGGAAAGACAUGUCAGUGUCCAGCCUGCAGACAGCCAUAGAAAAUGGCAUGGCAAUGAGGAAAGUGAAGCACUACCAGUUGUUGGAAGAUUUUCCUGCGGAUGCCCAAAGACAAGAUGAUACCAUAUUGACUAUGGAGUUAAUGGUUCACCCUGGGUAUUCCAGCUAUCCCAAUGAAGGUGGAUGUGGCGAAGGGCCAGACGAGUUCUCCCUAUCUGCAGAUCGGUUUCAUGAACUGGAAACCCUCAAGGCACCAAAGCUACUGAAAUAUUACGAACAGAGGAAUAUACAAUUGUGUGCUUUUAAAGAUUUAUAAUAGUAUUGCUUCCUGACUCCCUGAAGCAAAUGGAGGAAGAUUGUAGAGGUACUAGAAGGUGCAAUAAUUACCAGAAUCAAUUCCUAUGUGAUGCAGUAGGUCGUCAGAGGGGAAAAUGAAAAUGAUUCAGUGUCUUUCCGGAGAGGCUUUUAUGGGGAAUUUAAUUACAUUUCCAGUAUCCCACGUUUAAUUUUUGUCUCAACAAUCACCAAAGGAAUUGUAAAGAGCUUUACUUCCCUCCCAUCCCCUCUCCCAGUCCCACCCAUCACCUGCCGCAUUGUAUUUCUUUCUCCCCCUCCCCCCACCUUAAUUGGGCUUCUGCUUGUAGCAAGCAGAAAUUCGAUUCACACAACCAUGCGGUGUUCUUCAAGCUUUUCACCCAUAAAGUCAGAAAAUCAAGUCUUAGGUGCAGGAACAUUUUGUACUUGAUUGAUAACUUCUAUAGGGGAUAUUAAAUUGUGCAAUAAACUGUUCAAGUUCAGGGUGAAGAGAAAUAUUUAAUGAUUUUAUUAAAUCCCUUGGUCAUCACAAGAGCAGGUUCAUGAAUCACUUUACUCGGAUGACUGUUUCCGUGGAUUGCCACCUUGUCGUGGUGGAGAAGCUUGUGUGGUCCAGAGACCCCAAGAGCGAUGCCGUCUGGAGCUAUGCUCCUGGUAGGGUCACCCAUGGUGGUAAGGUCGAGGGUGAGGUCCCUGACAAAGAACAAUCCAACCAAGACCUCAACGGUGGAACAGGCGGACGAAGUUACUUCGAACUCAACAGCUGCGAAGGCGGAUGAAGGCUGCAACAAAUCCAACAACUCCAAUCGUCGUGUUUUCUAUGCCAUUGGAAUCAGUUGGUUGAUUUGUGAAGUAUCAUGUACUUCUUGGAGUGCAACAUCAAGUACAUGUUACACGCACAGGUGUCUUCAUUCUGUGAUAGAUCAACGAAACAAAGACCAUCAUCCUCGACCUCGAGGAAUAGCCACGACAACGACACUUGCCUAUGCAGUAUCUCUCAGGUUUCUUGUUGCAAAACACUGUAGCACCAGUCCUGAAGUCCUUGGUGUGAUUAAUGAUUGCAAAGCAUUAAAGGACUUGAAUCAUUUGGACAACAGAGGCAGUGGCCAUGUUGUUCACAGUGCCUGUGCCAGCUCUUUUAGGAUAGGAAGCUCUCUGAUUAGUCCUAUUACAUUUGCUCUCACAGCCCUUGCAAACAUCCUUUUGGAAAGUUACUGUUGAACCUGCUCUUGUCACCCUUUGCACUGUAAAGAUUUUACUGAGAGAAAUGAACAGAUAGUCUGUUUUAUGGUGAUGUUUGGAUCAGUGUUAGGCAGGGCACUAGGAACAUUGAUGUGGCCUCUAUUACAUCUGCCUUAUCAGGGAAAAUACAUGAAUCCUAGAUCACAACACCAUGCUGCUCUUAUUUCAAACUGGGAGGUUUCUGCCAAACACAUCGUUGUACCGCAUAGAAGUAUCUCUUUAAUUCAUUUUAAAUGUUUCAUGAUUGAGUGCCUCUGUUAAGUCUCCCCUCAACUUUCUCCACUCUAUGAAAGUAGAUUAUAUAUUGUAUAUUUAUAUAUCAUAUAUAAAUUAAUUAUAUAAUAUAUAAUUAUUUAAUGUUAUUUAAUUAUAUAUUACAUAUAAUUAAUGUUAUUUAAUCACAUUGUAUAUAUAUAUAUACAUGUACAGUACUGUCAAAAGUCUUAGGUACAUACAAGAUAGCGAGGGUGCCUAAGAUUUUUGCAUAGUACUGUAUUAAGCAACAUGGAGCAGAGAGCAACUUUGUGAAUCUGGCAGGAGCAAAGAUGCUGGGAAUGGUGCCGGUGGAGUGCUGCAAGAGGGGUGUAGGACAGUCAGUGGCACGAAUGUAGACGCACCCAACCCAGAGACACCAGGCAAGGUCAUUUGAUUCUGAACAAUUGGUAUAUUGAUCAUUACAGAAUCCUUCUGGUGCUACCUGCUCCCUCCCUUCUACCAAAAGAUGGUUCCCCUUUCUCUGACCCCUUCCCACUCUCAGUCCACAAUAAAGAACCAGGUUUAUCAUCACUCACAUAUGUAUUAAAUGUUUUUUUUUGUGGCAGCAGUACAGUGCAAUACAUAAAAUUACUACAGUACUCUGCAAAAGUUCUAGGCAUCCUAUCUGUACAUAAAUGGCUUAGACUUUUGCACAAUACUGUAUAUAUACAAUCUAUUUAUGUGGAGAACACAGACAGUAAAAGAUAUAUAAAGAUCUAAGAUGCAUGGAGGGAGGAAUUCAUCUGUGAUCACUGGUGCUAAAUGUGCAGAUUGAGCACAAGAUAUCACAAAGCAUCCUACUGCAGAGUUUUUGUAGUCAGGGUGACACUAAAGCAAGCAUGUUCCCCGCAGCGAAUCACACAAACUACAGUGAGAUGAGUGCCAAGGAAGUUUGUUUUAUAAUGUUUAUUGAGAGACUGAGGAUACCUCCCUUGUACACUUCAGCAACUGACCUGAAGCAGAACAAAGCCUCUGUACUGUCACGGCCCACCAGCUGCUCACCGGCAAGCGUGCACUAAAUGAGCUACAACUGACAUCCUAAAUUCUCAAAACACUUCUGCAGAGUGUGAGGUUAUUCCAUAACCAAAGAUAGCUGUGAAAUACUUUUGGGUCUACAAGGCUGAUGAUGUGCCUAUUUAAUUCAAUGUUAAAUGCAGAAAUAUAUAUAAUAUUAAUUUACAUAAUAUUUAGCUAUAAAGCAAUGGGGGAUUUCAAUAUGUCACAUAAAGUUUGGAAAAAUGCAAAUGUCUUAAUAAAAUUCACAUUUAAAGUG